AUUAUUGUCGGACACUUUGUUUCACAUAAAAUAAGGCGACAAAUGUCUUGAAUAUUUUCGUUCUGCUAUUUCAUUACGGAAGCAAAACCGAGUGAUAUUGAUUUUAAAUAUUUUUGAAACUAAUAUAACGUAUUCGACAGAUAAUAUUAAAAAAAACACUUGCAUUAAAAUGAAACGAAACGUUUUGUACAUCUGUUAGAAAAGUCUAACGAAAACAAUAUUCUAAAGUAAAUGUCUGCUAAAUAUUUACAAUAUGCACGAUAUUCGUUAGAUAUGUAGAAAAUAUAAGAGAAAUAUUUUGUGCUACUAGGCGAUAACCGUAGAAUUGAAAUCUAAUAACAGUAGGUUAACCUUCGAGAAGAAACAGAGUACCGACAAGAGGAGCAGAAAGUUUGCGCGAAUGGCAACAACGUACAGGUAAGUAAGAACUAAGGACGAAGCGAAACAAACAUCAUUGGACUUCCGAAACUCGAGCUUCAGGCGACAGUUUCGAAAAUCCAACCGACCGGAUACGAAGUGAGAACAUGAACGACCAAGCCACGCAAACGGAGGAGAACCCAGAAGGGAACGUAAAAAUAAGUCAACCCUUCCAGCCCUGCAUCCCCCUUAGGGACAGAUCAAGACCACGGAGAACGGUACAGACGAGAAAAAAGCACAGCCAGGUGGAGGAAGGGUACCUGAACUUCGGCCAAAUGGAGGAGGAAGUGAAUACAACCGUCCAAAAGAUCUUGGAAGAACGGCAAACCAUCGACACGUCCGUAAACACCAAUGCGCCAAAGAAAACCCGUCGAAUAUACAUCAAGUUCAUGCCGAAGGAGGUGAAACCACGAAUCAUGCCCAUCGUAACCAGACCGAUCAUCGGCCUGAAGUCAUGGACGACCCACAGGCCAAUUGCAAACCCGGAAACUGACAACAAGACAGAAAAAACGACGGACCUUAGCAUCGUUCAUACGACGGUACGGUCAUACCAUCGCACGCUUGUUAAAGCUCCACAAUAAAGAAGCAAUAUGAGUGUAGUCUUGUAAAAAAUGAAACGCUUAUUGAAGACACCUUGAAAAUUGCGCAACAAGGGGGACGAAAGAAGUCAAAUUUGCGAUUCUUUCCGCGGGAGAUGCUUAAGUUAUAAUCAGGGGUUCUGCGGUGACGCGUCAUUCGAGGUUCUUUACGUACGUAAUGUCCACCCUAUUUACCAUUAGUAAGAUUUGUUUUAUUUAAUCCGUUGGAUGACGCGCCUAAAUCCCGCUAUUAGGCCGGUAUCAGGGUCUCCCGCUUUUGCGUUCUACUAGCUAAGACCGAUUUUUUAU